GGGCAUGUGUGUACAGAUCCUCCUCACUAUCUCAGCUGUUAACCUCCUCCCGGGGAAAAAAUAGAGCAACCCUCCCCCUGGGACAGAGACAGAGACGCUGUGUUUACAAGGAGAGCAUUUUGGGAGAAGUCACUAUUUGUGUGAAGAGCAGAGACUCGGAGAGAGGCAUAGAAGAAGCAGCAGGUCUCCGAGUGGAGGAGACUGGCUAGCAAUGACCUGAAGAAUGCCAGCACUGCCCUGUCCUGGGGCAGGCAAUGGGGCACCAAUCUUUGGGGUAGAUGGCAGCUGGCACUGCCAUAUUCUGAGAUUCUUGUAUUCCAGUGUGGGCCCCCAGGCAUAAACAAACAAAAAAAUCCUGCUGUCUGUGACAGGAACCCAGGACGGGGCCAGGAUGACACCCUGGUUCACCUGUUCUUCUAAGCACAAACAAACUGCGGAAUGGAGCAAAUAUGAUGAUCGGUUAAUGAAAGCAGCAGAGAGGGGAGAUGUAGAGAAGAUUACCUCCACUCUCACCAAGAAGGGAGUGAAUCCCAGCAAGUUGGACCUAGAGGGACGCUCUGCAUUCCAUGUUGUUUCCUCUAAGGGUCACCUGGAGUGUCUAAAUUCCAUUCUACUACAUGGAGUGGAUCUCACGGCUCCUGAUGCUGUCGGGCGAAAUGCAUUACAUCUGUCAGCAAAAUAUGGGCACUCCUUAUGUCUGCAGAAGCUUCUCCAGUUUAACUGCCCAACAGAGAAUGUGGAUCUGCAGGGGAGGACAGCGCUGCAUGAUGCAGCUAUGUCGGACUGCUGUUCCAGCGUGCAGCUUCUCUGUGAUCACGGGGCUUUUGUAAAUGCGAAGGACUUGGAUGGAAGGACACCACUUGCUUUGGCCACCCAGAUGUGCCGUCCUGGUAUAUGCCAGCUUUUGAUAGAUAAAGGAGCUGAUAUCAAUGCACGAGACAAGCAGAAUAAGACACCUCUGAUGCUGGGAUGCGAGUAUGGCUGCAAGGAGGCUGUGGAAGUCCUGUUGAGAGCCGGAGCUGACGUUGGGCUGGUAGAUGCUUUGGGACAUGAUUGCUCCUAUUACAGCCGAAUCGGAGAUAAUCAGGAGAUCUUGUCCCUGAUAAGGAUUGCUGUUGAAAGCUCACCACGAGGUCCUGAUCCUUUAAGAAGCAAAGUGUCUUUACGGGCGAAAUGGGCAAAGGCUAACUCCAAAGAAGAGACUCUUGCAAAGUCCAAGGACCAUUCUCAGGACCUGGAAGUUGAGAAUGAAGACCUGCGGGAUAAGCUGAGGAAAAUGCAGUUGGAGCAGCGUUCAUUGCUGGACAAAGUGGGGGGCUUUCAGCUUCAGCUCAACCAGGAACAGAUGAUAACAGAUGACCUGGAGAAUGAGAAAGAGGAGCUAAAAUCCCUGCUGGAGGCAAAAGAAAAAGAGCUUGAAGGGGGCUUGAGAACUAUGGAGAACCUGCGAGGAAAAAUGAGAUAUUAUGAGCAGAAGAAUCACUCCGCUCCAAAUAGCCCAUUCAGAAACCUCAAUAGCCCAUUCAGUCCUGGUAAAGAGGAGGUUGUAAUGAAACAGAAUCUUGUUCUAAGCACAGAUCCUCAGCAUGCAGCUCACCUGCCGGCCAGGUCUCAGCUGCGUCCUUUGGAGCUUCCUGGGGAAAACUCUGAUCAACGCCAAGAGCUAGAAACCAUUCGCAGAUACUAUGAGUUGGCCAGAGAAGAGGUCAUGAGGCGGCAGGAGGAGCUGUCAAGGAGAUCUUCUGAGUGUGUAGCUCUGGCCACUGAAAGAGAUCGGAGCAAAGCGGAGUCAGACCAACAGAUCCGGCAGUUGGAAGAAGCGCUCCGUGAUGUGCAGAAGCGGAUGCUGGAUUCUGAGAGCAAAGUGAAGCAGAUGCAGACACACUUCUUGGCCCUGAAAGAUCACCUGACCCAGGAAGCUCUAAGUGGCUCCUCACGUGCUGAGGACCUACAGGAACAGCUCAGAGAAGUAAAAGGCAAAUAUGAGGGAGCAUCUGCUGAAGUUGGGAAGCUGCGUAACCAGCUGCGUCACAAUGAGCUCCUGGGGCAGGAACUGCGCAGGGAGGACGCACGCUUGCGCAAGGACAACAGGCGCCUUCAAGAUGAGCUAGCCAUUUGUGAGGAGGAGAAGGAAAAAGCAGAGCGAAGGGCCCAAGAGGCCGGAGAGCAGCUGAAGUUGGCUGUCACUACUGACAAGUUUGAAAACAUGCGAUGCCUUUUAACUAAUGAGGUGAAUGAGAAGUCUCUGAGAUUAGAAGAAGUUGAACAGGAGCUGAGUCGUGUCAGAGAUGAAUUUGAAGCUGCAAAUAAGGAGAAGAGGAGGUCUGAACCCAAGUUGGACAUGUUGAGGAAAGAGCUGAAUGAUUUGAAAGUAAGGAACAGCAGCCUUGCACGGGAAAGUGAGAAGCUCCAGUCAGAGAAGAUCCUGCUGCAGAGGCAAGCUGAGGAGCUAAGAGCGCAAAUGAGAAGUCAGCAUGUUCCAGCACAACUGCAUGCAGAGACUAAGAGAGCCUGUGAGGAAACUAUAGCCCUGCUAAGCCAAAAGCUAGCAGAGUCAGAGCAGAAUCACAGGAAGACUGAACUGGAACAGGAGAAGCUGGUGGUGGAGAGGAAGACCUUGAAGGAAGGUAUGGUUCUCCUCCAAGCUUCCACCACUUCCCGCCAGGAACAUGAAACAGAGGUAAAAGAGAUGCAGUCAAGAAUCAAACAACUGGAGAAACAGCUGGCUGACAUGAAUAAGAAAUGGGAAGAAGAAGCAAAGCGAGCUUGUGCUUUACUCUCAGAAAAUGCCAGUCUAAAGGAAAAUCACAUACCUCUUGCCACUCACCUGCAGGCCUCUGUCUCUCUGACCGCAGAGCUGGAGAAAGCAAAAUCUGAGGUUGUUACGGUCAGGAAUCAACUGGAGAAUGAGACGAAACAGGUGACGACUGUGCAGGCUGAGCUGGAGAAGCAGAUUAUAAAGCAGAAAAACCUGCAAGUACAGCUGGAUAGUGAGUCUGCUGUAAAGUUAGAAUUGCAGACUCAACUGAAGACUCAGACUGCAAAGGCGGCGGAACUGCAAGAAAAGCUGAGAGCUGAGGUCUCCGAAAAUGCAGAACUGCACACACUGACAUCUGGUGAAGCUUCCAAACGGGCAGAGUUGCAGUCUGAACUGGACAAGCUAAAGGAACAGAUCUCAUCAAAUUAUGUAGCUAGAAAGGAACAUGAAGAUAAGGUGGCAGAGCUGCAGAAAUGUGAAGAAAACAUGAAGCAAGAGUGUUUGCAGACAUAUGCUAAUUACCAACAUAAAAAAGAAGAGGUGAUCAAGCUGCAGGCAGCUAUUAAAGAGCAGAGAGCUGAGCUGGACACGUUACAGCGUUGUAUUACUGAAAAAUAUGCUCCACUUACCAGCAUGGAAGAAAAGGAGAAGAGCUUCUUGGCAGAACGAAAGGAACUGGAGUUAGAGUUACAGAAACAAUGUCAAAUAACUCAAGAGGCAAAAGAAGGUUUAUCAAAACAGCAGCAAGAGACACUAGACCUUAGGAAAGAACUGGCGAUAUCAAAGCAGACCCUUCUUCAGGAACAGACCUCACGAAAGGAAGAGGAGGCUGCAAUGCUCAAAGAAUUGAAUGAGCUUCGGGCUUGUCUGCAGGAUCUGCAGAGGACACGGGUGGAGGCUGACGAAAAGCAGUGUGCAUUGCAAGAAGAAAAUCUACAGAGCACCAGAAAGCUUAAUGCUCUUCAGGAAUGUCUUAGCAGUCAAUACAUUCCCAUACAAAAUCACAAUGAAUUGAAGACCACACUGGACAAUACCAGAGCUACUCUUGAAGCUGAGUUAAGUGCCAAGGUCCACCUUUAUGAGAAUAUGCAGGAAAAGGUGCGUGACUUGCAAAAGGAACUGGAAGAACAGAGAGGAUCUUGCAUCUCCAAUGCACAGUAUACUGAGGAAAAGGAGGACUGGCAUAGAAGGGAGGCUGCAGCUCAAGCAAAGUUGCAGGAGAAAGAGGAGGCUCUGCUUGUGGCUAAACAGGAAAUGAAGAGAUUGCAAGAAGAGUUGAACAGAGCCCAGCAAAAGUUAGAAGAAGUGCAGAAUCUCAGGCAGAGGGAAAAUGUUGAUUUUGCUGCAGUGAGAACUGCCCUGGAGCAGAGAGUGGCUCUAUUGGAAGACACCAGUAGCAAGUACAGAGAGGAGAACAAACAGAUGGCACAGAAGCUGCAGGAUGCAUUGACACAGUGCGAGAAGGUCAAGCAGAACAACCAGAGUCAAGAACAAGAGAUCACUCAGCUAAAGGGGAAACAUGAACUGUGUCUGUCUACCAUUGAUGAGUUGCAGGAGAGCAUCCAGAAAUCUGCCCGAGACCUGGAAAUCAAAGACAAGCAGGUCUCUGUUCUUCUUAAGGAUAUAGAGAAGCUGAAGAAGUCCUUGUCCCUGCUUCCUGCAAAAAGCCAUUCAACAGAGCUUCUGCAGAAUCAGCUCAAAGCCCUACAGGGCCAACUGGAUGAGAUGCAGCGCAGACACCAGGAGAUCAUCUCCAUCUAUCGUGCUCAUCUGUUGAAUGCUGUGCAGGGCCAUAUGGACGCAGAUGUACAGGAUGCAUUAUUACAGAUUAUCCACAUGCGGCAAGAACUCGUCUGCUGAUUUGUCUUUGCUGUAAUUAGGAGUCAGUGGGGCAGUGGGCCAAACACUACUAAACAGAAAACACAACUUACAUUGUAUACUGUGCUAAUCAUGGGUACUACAGUCCCAGCAUCCUAUCACCCACAGCCAAGACACACUCUGCUGUAAGAUGGAAUGUAAUAGACAGAUAGAAGGAAUGUUGUGAAUUAGAAAUGCAG